UGGAAUUAACUGAAAAACAACAAAGAGUACUAAUAAAAAUAUUUGGAAAAGAAAAAUAUAACCAAGAACCAGAUAAAGGAAAAUUAAUAUUACAAAUAAGUGAAAUAACUGAUGAACAAAUAGAAUUAUUAUUCGAAGAAGGCUCUAUAAAAAGAAAU